UUAUUAUGAAUACAUAUCGAUUGUGAAUUUGGCAUUCCUUCAGUCAUUUAAAGUCGAAUGGAAAAAAGCAAGAAAAUUCCACAACACUAUUGCGCUAACAUUAGAAUAUUAAGAAAAUUUUUGUGAAAGUAUUUAUAAUUGCUUAAUCCUGAGAAGAUAAAUUGGAUGUGUUGAGAUAUAAAAGUGUCUAAAAUAAAAUUUUAUUAUAAAAUUGAGGCUAUAAUUCAGUGGAAAUAUAAUUUCACAACGGAAGAGUAAAUGUUGGUAUUCUUAGAUUUGGAAUGUUGUAUUAUAAAUGCUGGUAGCCUUGACCAGCGCUUAUAAUAUGCAAAUUUAACGGAUCUAAAAACAAAAAACAUUUAAGCAACUGUAAAUUUUUAUAAAAUUCACACUUUAUAAACUAAUAUAACAAAUAAAAAAAAAAUGGAUGAACAUACACUAAAUGAUUUGCUUGAAUGUUCGGUUUGCUUGGAACGCUUGGAUGAUGCAAAGGUGCUUCCGUGCCAACACACCUUUUGCAGGAAGUGUCUCUUGGUAAUUAUGGCUAAUAAAAAUGAACUGCGUUGUCCAGAAUGCCGUAUAUUAGUGGAUUUAAGAGUAGAUGAUUUGCCACCAAAUGUGCUUUUGAUGAGAAUUUUAGAAGGUAUGAAAAAUUCUGCAACAAAAAUCCAACAGUCUGAAAUGAGCUUAUCUAACGGAGCUGGAGAUAAUGUUGCAAGUAAAGUGGAUGAAUCCAUGAAAAUUAAUGUUGAUAUGCAGAUUAGUUUGGGAACAGAACCGGUAAUGAAUUCUCAGCCACAACAGAAUCAACACGCACAUAUGCAGCCACCAAAAGAAACCCAACGUUUAUCACAAAACCAUCGCUUUCGCCAACUGACUGAAAUGAUAAGCUCAUUGACUGCUCCAACAUUUCCACAUGCUAUUGCUUUGUAUGACUUUGAUUCGAAAGAACCAAACGAUUUAAAAUUCAAAAAAGGCGAUAUUAUAUUAUUAAAGCGAGAAGUUGAUAAAAAUUGGUAUGCUGGUCAACGUAAUGACUGUGAAGGAACCUUUCCGAAAAUAUAUGUAAAGGUUCUUGUUCCAUUACCACGUGCUGAAUGUAUUGCUUUAUAUGAUUUUAAAAUGGGUCCAAAUGAAGAGGAAGGUUGUCUUAGUUUUAAGAAAAAUACUGUGAUACACGUUUUGCGACGUGUCGAUGCAAAUUGGGCAGAGGGACGUAUUGGCUCUACUAUAGGAAUAUUCCCAAUUGCAUUUGUUAAUUUAAAUUCUACAGCUAAGCAAUUAUUAGGACAAUUAAUUAAAAAUGUAGAAGUUACACAAAGAAACAAUGUAGCUAUAACUUCAGCACAGCAACCACAAGUGCAACAAGCUGCACAAAACCUUGUCUGUACAGUUCCAAAUUUACCUAAUGGUAAUAAUGCAGCUCAAAUUAAUCCAUGUGACUCAACAUCAUCGUCCAGUUCUUCUUCGCAUAAUAAUAGCCCUAACUCUACUACAUGCAGUUCAUUGUCUAGCACAAAUUCUAUGCCCGGUAGUCCAAAUCAUUCGCUACCAAAUACACCAGAACAUUCAAUGAACACCGUAAAAUAUAGAAACCCGAAAGAGAAGCGACAUUCAUUGAACGCUUUGCUAAUUAAUUCUGGUUUCGGUGCUACUACAAGCAGUUCAACAAAUAAUUUACAAAUGAAUCGCCACUCAGCUGAGAUAUUAAGUGCACCGAGUGAAAUGAGUGAAGCAGCUGCUUCUGCAGUUUCUGCUUCAGUUGGUAAUGGUUUGCAUAGUUUGCGUAUACAACGUUCAUUUAUUAAUUUCGACCAAGACUUUUCUGUAAAUGUCAACAAACCCGUUAAACAAUCGAUGUCAGCUCGUGAACAACAACAAACAGCUUCCGUUCCUGAAAUUCUAGCACGCACAACUUUACUUAAAACAAGUUCACAACAAUUUUUUCCAGCAUCUUUGCCAUGGGGACAUCUGGCCUUGUAUCCAUAUACACCACGUAUGAGUGACGAAUUAGAAUUAAAGAAAGGUUGCAUUUAUAUUGUAACUGAACGUUGUCCUGAUGGUUGGGUUAAAGGUAAGAACUGGCUAGAUCAGUCUGGAGUUUUUCCAGGCAACUAUGUCACACCACUACGUAAUCGUGAUCAACAGCAAUUAAUGCAUCAAUAUAAGUGUAUGCCUUUGCAUAAUCACAGUGCUGAGGCCAGUAAUAAUAUGGACAUAGCACUAAUGCAACAUAAUUCCUUAUUAGUUAAUGGUUUACCACAACAAGCUCCAGAUUUGCCUCAACGUUCCUUAUAUUACAUGGAUGCAGAAACUGCAACAACAUCUGCAUCAUCCUCAUCAGCUGCAUGGAAUAAACCAUUAACGCACAACACUUUUAACCCUUUCAAUCAUAUGAUUAGUUCACAUCCGCAUGCCGUAGAUACUGGAGAAAUAGAAGCGGCAAGGCAAAAUGAUCCUUGUAGUGCUAAUGUCAAUACAAGUGGUACAACCGCAUCGAUGUCAGCAUUUAAUUUAAUGAAACGUUUUGCUAAAAUGAAUACACGCUCAAAAUCUCCCAAUACUGCGGCUAAUCAAGAAGUGAAUUCAACAAAUAACCAUCAACAUCAGCAACAGCAAACUUCGCACCCAAUUUAUGCCACAAAUGAACAACCGCCAAACUAUGGUAUGUCACUGCACAAUCAAAUUAAUCCCAAUGUACCAACACAAGUUCAGCAUGUGCACGUUCGUUCUGGGUCGUGCCCAAGUCAACUGCUACAAAAUAUUCCAGUUAAUCUAACAGUGAAUGAAAAUUCGAAACAUAAUAUGCAACAACAGCAGCAUUAUAAUCAGCAGUUACUUGGACAAACCAGUUACGGCUCACAGCGCAUUAAGGGCUGCAAAGAACGCACUCCAUUGCCAUGUGCUUUAGGUGAUCGCUUUACUAAAUAUCCAACUCAAAAUGGAAAGCACACUAUUGGAUCCAUACAACAAAUUCAAAAUCAAUUGCAACAAAAAUAUGCUCAAAAAUGUGAAGCUGCAAAUGCUAUCAAUCAUCGUAAAUCACAAAGCUUAGACGCAAAUACUUUACCUAUGCCAAUGCAGGCUUUAAACAUGUGUCUUCAAGCAACUGCAGCUCCAUCUAAAUCUAAUAAUAUAAUAGCACCAUUGCUCGCUGCCUGCACUGCAAAUCAGAACGUUCAAGAUGCACCGGAUAGAUAUCGUUGCGUUGUACCUUAUCCGCCAAACAGCGAUUUUGAGUUGGAAUUACAUGUUGGGGAUAUCAUAUAUGUUCACCGUAAGCAAAAAACUGGUUGGUAUAAAGGUUUAAAUGCGCGCUCAAAUAAAGUAGGUUUGUUCCCAGCUUCAUUUGUGGAACCAGAUAUAUAAAAAGGAUUAAGAUACUUUAAUUAACAAUUAAUAAAUUUCUUUUAAAUUUUCAUCUCUAAUACAAAAUCGCAUCGAAAUUUUGAAGUUUGUUAAAUUUUUUAACAUUAACAUUAAGAAUAUCACAAAAAAUUAUAUCGCUG